AUGGAAAACCAGUUUUUCCUCCCCGCUCAAGGAAUCUCACCAUCCGGACCGCCAUUGGAGUUUGGGCAGUCCCUAACUUCAGCCAUGGAAACCCGAGCACAGGAGCUGAGUUCAUCAGAUUACGGUCUACAGUUCGAGUCAGCACUGAGUUCAAUGGUGUCUUCUCCGGCAGCAUCGGCUUCCAAUGUCUCCAACGACAUAUUCAUGGUGUGGGAAUUGCUCGGUAAAUUGGGGAGCAUUGAUAACUCCGGCGAGAUCUCCCCUCACCCUUUGAUGGCUUCUCCUUAUGUUAAUGGAAAUAACAACAGCACGAACACUUCUUGUUACAGCACUCCAUUGAAUUCUCCUCCCAAAUCAAUGGGGAUGAAUUCCAGCAUGGCGGAUCUCUCAGCCGAUCCAGGAUUUGCAGAGAGAGCAGCGAAAUUCUCUCGUUUCGGGAGCAGGAGUUUAAAUGGUCGAGCGAUUCAAUUCGGAACCAACAACAAUUAUGAUGAAAUCUCUGCUUAUAGAUCUAAUCCAUCGUCUUCGAAUGGCAAGCUACCUCGUGUUUCCAGUAGUCCUUUAAAGGCAAUGGCAUCUCAAAUCGGCAAUAAGAACAAUACCCCAUUGCAGGAUCGAUACGAGUUAGCCAAUUCUCAAGAGGAAUCUUCCAUCUCCAAUGGCGGUCCUGGUUCGAAGGGGGCGAAUUCUAGGAAAAGAAAAGCAGUUCCCAAAGCCAAAACAAACGAGAAUUCAACAUCUCCAUCAACAAAUGCUGCAAAGGCGACUGAACAAAACGAAGAAUCAAACGAGAAGCGAUGCAAGUCAACUGAGGGCAAUGACACAGAGCCUCCUGAUCCUCCCAAAGACUACAUUCACGUUAGAGCAAGAAGGGGUCAAGCCACCGACAGCCAUAGCUUAGCUGAAAGAGUCCGUAGAGAGAAAAUCAGUGAGAGAAUAAAGCUUCUGCAGAAUCUUGUUCCAGGCUGCAACAAGGUCUGGAAUUUGUUCUAAUGGGAAAACAAAACAAAUUCGUAAAAUCAUGGCUCCCAGCAUUUUGUGAGGGUGACCUGCAGACGAUAGCUGAAAUGGGGUUUGCCCAAAAUCAAAGCAGAGAAAUGGGAUUACUAUCAGAGAAUUUCCAGGGGUAAAAUCAUGUUGAGCUCUGAUAAUCCAGGACUAAAGCUCAGAAAAGGCGACCACGGCCGCUGUAUAGAAAUUGAAAAUGGAGCAGGUGCAUGAACUAAUGCUUGGAGGAUUCUUUGCCCUUU